CUGAGGGUCCUUCACUCACAACAAUGUGAUCUUUGAGAAGGGGGAUGACGGGGACACAGAUUGUCAGUCUGACACGUGGAAAGCAGAGACCACCUGGCACCCUUUUUCACUUUCUCCACCCCAACCUCAACAACACCAAACUCUGUAAUCUUAAACGCCAAGUCCAACCAUAGAGUAAUCCCAUAAACCAACCAUGGAAGACUCGACGGAUUCAUCUGGGGCGGCUGCAAGAAGAUCUGUUGAGCAAGAAGAGACUUCUACUUUCAUGGCAACAGAAUCCGAGCCCAUGGAGUGGACAGACGAGAAACACUGCUUGUUUCUCAAAUCCAUGGAAUCUACAUUCGUCAACCAAUUGUACAAAUCAAUAGAUUUGUUUGGUUGGCACUCUCAUAAAAACUGCUCAUCGGGAUCAAAAUCGUCGAAGCACAAGCUGACCAGCAUUCGUGCUUCUUCUGGUCAGUUCAAGGUUCUUCGUGAUGGUUGUUGGUCUAAAAUUGAUUUCAGAAGAGACGAACAUAAAGUUGACCAAGAACAGGAGUCUAAACUUCCAUUGGCAAAUCCCUGGAUCCACCGUUACGGGACUUCACAAACACAGGGACUCAGGAAGUCUCCAGCUUCCCGUGCAAACGCUCCUUUGGCAACUACUGAUAUUCAACAUGCUGCCAAUAACUUUCGUCUAUGGCGGCAAGACACCAUAGGCGGCAAUACAGAGGUGACAGAUCAGAACUUUAAUGAUGAAGCUUUUGAAGAAGAGAUGUCUGGUAAGAUACAUGACAUGAAGAAAACCAGAACAACUGAGGAUAAAGUUUCAGGCAAUGAUCAAGUUGUCCCUUUUGGCAAUAUUGUUCAAGUGAAUGAUGUUGGUGACGACCAUGUCAAUGUACCGCCUGAAGAUUGACGUCCUCUGUAUCUCAGACCGAUGAAGAUCCCUGAUAUAGAAAUGAGAUGUUUGAGGCGUACUAAUGCAAAAUACUCUUGACUUGUGACUUUGUAUCAAAUGCUGAGGCAAAGAGAGUCAUGGAGACGGUACGUGGACGGAAAGAUGCUGGAUAUCACUGCACGCCCUAGAAGGAUUAUUGGUGUGAUUGGCUAUAGACAUUUCUGUGAUCAGCCAAGAAGGAAAAAACAUCUCGGUAAGCUAGCCAAGAACUUGCACAUUGGUUUGGUUCCUAUCGAGAGGGAAAUUCAUCGCUUUAUGAAGAAAGAAGCAACGUUAUUCAACAACAAAAUAAUCGUUGUCGUUCCAAUUCCUUCAGCUGGGCAUUUUGUUUCCAUUCUUAACUGUUCUCCUACUCAGACAGAAUGACUUUGAGAGAAGAGAUUGGAUGUUUUGCCCAGAUUGAACUACUGAAACAGGAGGAACUAUCUAUAUCUUGAGCUAUUCAUUACAUCAUUUAAAUUCAAAUCUUGAUC